CAGGCCGCGCUGCCAUCGCCCACCCGGCUCCACCUCACUCGGCUUCUGUCUGUCUGGCGGUGCGCAGCGGGAAAUGAGGAGCGACGGAUCAGCGGGACUUACGCGACGGCGGCAGUGAGCCGGCGCGGCUGGGCGACCAUGGCGGCGGAGGGCCCAGGCCUCGGUUUGGCGGGUGGUGGCCCCAGCGUGGCCGUUGGAGCGGCGCCGCUGGCCCGGAGUCUGGAGCGGGCGCUGGCCGAGGCCGCGGGCUCGGGGACCCUGGGCUUGAGCGGCCGCAAACUGAAGGAGUUCCCGCGGAGCGCGGCCGGCCACGACCUCAGCGAUACGGUGCAAGCAGAUCUGUCGAAGAACAGACUGAAUGAAGUUCCGCUGGAAGUGUGCCACUUUAUCUCCCUGGAGACAUUGAACCUGUAUCACAACUGCAUCAAAGUCAUUCCUGAUACAGUCAUCAAUCUUCAGGCAUUGACGAAUUUAAACUUGAGUCGAAAUCAACUUUCUACAUUGCCAUUGUGCAUCUGUGCCCUUCCUCUUAAAGUGUUGGUAGUCAGUAACAAUAAGCUGGUGUCGCUUCCAGAAGAUAUUGGACAGUUGAAGUGUUUAAUGGAACUGGACGUGAGUUGUAAUGAAAUUACAACUUUGCCACAACAGAUGGGACAACUUCAGUCGCUCAGAGAGUUGAACGUCAGACGAAAUUAUCUGCAGAUUUUGCCAGAGGAGCUGGCAGACCUCCCUCUUGUGAAAUUAGACUUUUCCUGUAAUAAGAUUGUAUCGAUACCAAUCUGCUACAGAAACAUGAAGCAUCUACAGAAUAUACAAAUGGAUAACAAUCCACUGCAGUCUCCGCCAGCACAGAUCUGCAUAAAGGGCAAAGUGCACAUAUUCAAGUACCUGAACAUAGAGGCGUGUAGAAUUGAUAAGACUGCAGAAUGCCUUUAUCAACCGUCAAUGGAAAAGGCCCCUGUUCCACAACGUGUUUGUGGGAGUAUUGAAGACAUUUAUCCAGACAAAAAACAAGAUUUUGACUCUGGGAUUGGAAGUGAUAAUGGGGAUAAACGCCUCUCUGCAACUGAACCUUCAGAUGAAGACACAGCUAGUCUGACCUUUCAAAUGGCACAUAUCUCAGAGGAAGAGCACUUGAAUAAACAGGAGGAAUAUUUAAAUGUUGGAACAAUGAAAGUGCAAUCUGAUCAGGAGCCGAAGAAUGUGCUGCGGCAUAAUGUCGAGGGUGAUGGCUUGAGUUCUGACUUUAGGACAUACAUGAAGGGACGGGAGCCUGAGGAACCGCUGAGAAUUGAGGAGGAUUCAAGUUGGACAAUAGAACAAAUGCCAAACACAGAUCAUCAUCUGGACACUGAAGCAGAGGUGGCAGAACAUACGAGUUCUCCCGAAGGCAUUGUCCAGGAACAGCAGAGGUUGAAUCUGAAUUUUCAGGAUAUUAGUGGAGUGGAUCUUUAUCCUUUGCAAAUAGAUAAAACAGCCUGUUUGAAACUUCAGACGUCAUCAAUAAAUGGUGAGACACCAAAAAUCAACCCUUCGGCAAAGUUCUCCAGUUACCAGGAUCUUGCCUCGUUUUGUGUAGAUGAGGAUUCUCCAUCUGAGAAAGAAAGUCGCAUGGCAGAGCUGGAGUUUCAGAGGAAACGUGAGAUCAUGCUGGAGAAAGCAAGGCACGAAGCUCAGGUUGCAUCCCAACGGCUGGAAUGGCAGAAGUCCAAGCAGACUACUAAUGAGAGUGGGGAGAAGAAUGAAUCACAAAAUGAGGAUGAAGAGAAGACUCCCACUGUCAGACACACAUUGUCCCCUGUUGCAUCACCCACGGCUCCCUUUGGACUGAAGCCAAGAUCUGUCCAAGCAAACUCUUCUUUGGCCUCCCCUCCUCCCUUCUUCAGAAAUUUGACACAGACCCACAUAGAGGAGCUCACCACCGCCAGUACCCCACAGGAAGAAGACAGAAGUAAUGCUUUCUUUCGGUCAUUGCGGCAUAUUGACUCCAUGGAUCCUCAAUUUACCAUCCGUAGAAAAAUGGAGCAGAUGAGAGAGGAAAAGGAACAUAUAGAGCAACUCCGGGAGAAUAUUGAAAACAGACUGAAAAUUGAUCUACCAGAAGAAAUUGGAGCAGCCUUGAUGGAUGGAGUUGUUCUGUGUCACUUAGUCAAUCACAUCCGGCCGAGAUCCGUACUCAGUAUACACGUUCCAUCACUUGCAGUGCCUAAGCUAAGCAUGGCAAAAUGCAGGAGAAACGUGGAAAACUUCCUGGAAGCUUGCAGGAAAAUGGGUGUACCCGAGGAGAAGCUAUGUUUGCCCCAUCACAUAUUGGAAGGAAAAGGGUUGCUGAAAGUAAGUAUGACUGUUCAAGCACUGUUGGACUGGGCCGCGAGCAGACCCCCAUUGUUUCUGUGAAUCCAGAGCCCCAGGGCUGCCACCUCCUGACCACAAGCAGCACAGCCUCAAGCCCAGGGCGAGGACACGACGUACAAAAGGCGGACACUUUUCCUCAGCUGACGUGUGGAGCCACUCGCAACGUGUUUUAAAAGCAUAACUAAAAAACUACAUAUGUCACAGUAUUUAAUCAAUGCAUUAACUUUGCAACUACAGUUAAUUACAGCUUUUGCAGAAGUGAGGGAAAGCCAAAUUCCUAAGUAUGUUUUAAUGUAUUAAAGAAACACAAUUUGGUUGUGUUAAUUUGUUUAGUUGCUAUGAUAUUACAAUGCUUUUGAUUGUGAGGAAGUUUAGAACAUGGUCAUAAGUUAUUUAUAUUAUUUAUUCAGGAGAUGUUUUACCCAUCCAUUGAGAUGAAGAUUGUAAAUUUGAAAGACUUGCAGCUAAAACUGAUUUUUAAAGAUUGGAGCAAUUUCAUUUUACUGUGGCAGUUUAGUCAUUUUAGUUAACACUUGAUUUCAUCUGUUGAAUAAUUUUAACUUCCUGAAAGUGUGCUGGUGAUUUGUAUGUGAAAUGAUCUGGUAAGAGAGAAUGGCAGUCAUGAACUCAUCUGACGCAGUGUCUGGGAGGCAGUCUGUAUGAUGGUGUCUCAGGCUGCCGUCAGUACAUUUACCAACGAAGGUUUAGUACAAUCUAAACAGAAUUGACCGACAGUUUGUCCACACUCGAUUAGUUCCUCCGGGUGCUUCAUUCCCUUUAACACAUUCCUGAUCAUGCAUCUCUGGUUCAUUGAGACUGGUGAGUUGAGAUUAGAAAUAGAAUCAGAUUGAUGUUUGACUUUCCAAAGGGAUCUGGCAAUUGGGGAGAGGAAUUUACUGCUCAGCUGAGUGAUCUUAGGUAACUACGUAUCAGGAGCGGGGAGAGUCAGGUUGUUUCCUCUGCAGGGAAUUAGUGGAGUGUCUCCUAAUCCAAUGUGCCUUGUUGCUCUGAUAUUUGACCAGAUGAAAUACUCCAGAAUCUUAAAGUUUACAUUAAAAGGCCAUUUCAUUCGAUAGUAUUAUCGAUGUUAGCAUUUUAUAUCGUCAGAAUACCAAAAACUUCGUCCAGAUUAGCCCUGUCACAAUGCCUGCCGUCUGGUGCGACGGUGAACUGAGUCUCUCUACUUUCCUACAUUUAAUCCAUGACCUUGUCCUGCAACAAUAGAACUCACGCUGAUCACUCGCCUUCCUACUGCACUUGCUGGUGGUGCAUUGUGUAAAUAUCUAACCAGUUGUACUGAAUUCAGUGUGAGCUGCAGGAACUGACUGAAAUUUUAUAAGCCAAACCCAAAUGUUAGUUAUUUUAUAUUGCCAAUUUAGGGGACCACUUAAAAAUGUAAAAGUACUCAGGAAUCGUACCCUACCAAACGACGUUGAGUUGCAAGUUGUUUAUGUGGUGGUCUUGGAGAGCGAGUUCACAUGAGGUGGUGAAUGGGAAGCUUGGCCUUCCUGAACACUGCAGUUAACACGAAUGAAGCUGUGUCCCCGACUGCCACCCAAUAGGUUUACUCACUGUAAGCUGAUUGCACCUCAACACACAGAGGAAAGAGAGCUCACAUUAAGAGAGCAUGAAGGUGAAAGGGAGAGCUGUACUCUGAGGGUACCAGCUGCAGGAAUAGUGGCUGAUUGGGAUUGCUGCAAAUGGGAAGGGACUGUGGCAGCAGUGCAUGUAUCUGCUGAGCUACUGGGGCAGGUAGCUCAUCUCUCCCAACAGCUGCAUGACUAGCUGCCCACACGCAAUUGUAUGUCCAGCUCCUUUCUCAGUGUGAUCUUUUUGCCCAAUUUGUUCUAAUAAACAUGCACAUGAAGUAAAUGCACCGAAUAUACUCCACCACAUUUCUCUUCAUAUGUAAUAUGAUUGCUUUAUAUUAUCAGAGUGAUGCACUAAUCUGAUUGAUUUGCUGUCAACUUCUUGUGGCGUGAAGCCUGGGAACUGACAGAACUGGAGCUCUUAGACCAGAACAGGGGAGGUCAGUGGGCCGACCAUCCUCACCCGAAGAACGUUAACUGGGGAGAAGUUUAAUGGACGAGAAUAUUAAAAGAUUCAACCGCCAUGUUUAUUUAGACAGAAAAGUCACGUUGUAGAAUAGUAUUGGAAUAGGAUAACAAAAGAAAGAGUGAUGGGUGUGGUUUCAACUUAGGUAUUUCGUCUCAGAGAUUGUUUCCCGGGGUCGCAGUGACAGGUCCGUUAUUCAUGAGUGGUUUGGUGAAAGUGUUGGCAGGAUAGCGAAGGGGGGUGAGGGAGCUGUGAGGGGCGAGGUGGGGGCAGGCCCACGGGACCAUCCAUGCUGGUAGGGGUGCAAGUAAACGAGUGUAAUUCCACCUCUUGCUUGUUAGACCAGCUUGUUAGUGUGACGUGGAUCUUUCUGUGUUUCCUACGAGUAUUUUUCUUCGUAUCGCCAUUAGCAAGUAAAAUGUCGGGCAGAGAGGGGGUAAAGUGGGUUGCAUUAUACAAAAUUAACAAUAGCCACGCAAGAGGCGAGGUUGCUGUGCAGGGUUAGUCAGCACUGUCUCUGCCACUUGUCUGCUAGUUGGCCGGAGCACAGGUUGUGGUUUGCUGACACUGGCGAGAGCACAACCUGGGCGCUGGGAGUGAGAUGUACGUGGAGAGAGAGUGUCGGUAGCGGGUGCUGCAGGAGGAGACUUGUCUGGGAACCCCCACGAGAAUUACAGGAACCUUCUUCCAAUUAUCCCCAGGCACAAGAUUACUAAACCAUUUCACGAUCACAAAUAUAGGUAAACCGUAGUCUCCCGAGGUAGCUGCUUAUAAAAAGCUAUGUUUACAUGUGAGAGGAAAGGUGCCAUCAAGCAGGAAGAUCUGUCAGCAAAACACAGUAAAUUGCUGGAGUAACUCAGCGGUCAGGCCGCGUCUGUGGAUGGAAUGGACAGACAACGUUUGGGAUCGGGGCCGUACCUCAGAAGACGUCUUUACCCGAUACACCGUCAGUCCAUUUCCCUCCACAGAUGCUGCCUUGCCCGCUGAGUUCAUCCAGCUGCUUGUAAUUUUUUUGCUCAAGAUUCCAGCGUCUGCAGUUUCGUGUUUCCUGGAAAAUCUGUUAGUUGUAUCGUCAGUACGACAAAGUGCAUUCAAAAAUGAUGUUUUCUUGAAAGAAACAAAUCAGAAUGGGAGCAUUGUUCAAUCAUUUGUUCAGUUUCACGCCCAUGUGUUUCUGUUCUCCUGAAAUCACAUCCAGACUACAAGACCUACCCUGAACAAGAUUGCUUACUGCAGCUUUAGGAGGGUAGAAACAAAACAGGACCGUAGAGGACUGCAGAGGAACUAUGCACUCAAUUGCACUUCUAUUAUCUUCGGUAAUAGAAGGCAAAACGAUCUUUGUUUAAGAAAUGCAAACUGUUUUGUACCAGAAGCAGAAAGUGUAGUGGAAGCACAAUUGGUAGAUGAGUAACGACUUGCAUCUUCAAGCUGCAACGUGCUGUGGAAAAUGCAAUUCACCGAGUGAUUUAUGUACCUGUAUUGUAUAUAGACGACUUUGUGCUUUUUUUAAUUUACAGGUUUUGAGCAUUUGCUGUUAAAAUGACAUUGUGUAAUCUAUCAGUUUUUUGUUGUUCACGGCUGGCUUUCAGCAUGUAUUGUGUAAAAAAAGAUUAUUCUAUCUUAUUAUUUUGUAAGUUUUAGUAAGUCAUCGAUUUUCGGGAAACCCAGUUCCACGUGUAUGGCCAAAAGAUCUUCCGAUGUCUGUAUAUAGUUUGGGGAACGCAUUUUGCAUGUGCGGCCUUUGAUGUUAUCUAAGCCAUUGUACAUAGUGUAUAUUCUGUGGAAAUCACUUCUAUCGUAACAUAAAUAAUAAAGUCAUGUUAUUUGCACA